UCUUGAAGAUUCCUACCAGUCAGUGGUAAGGCUGCAUUGGUCUUUCGCUCUGCACAACAAAGGGCAAACCGCCUGCCUGCAACACAGACUCCAGUUUACUUCUUGUCGAGAAAAGCUGAAAAGACUCGCUCAGCCCAGCCAGGAGACGCCAAAUUGUCGUGGAAAUUAGACAACACACGCAGACUUUUCCUGUGAAGGACUCUCUGGCUGAAGCUGAGCAGACGAUGGAGAUCAACAAUCAGCUGGAGAAUAUGGAGACCAACACUCAGGUAGGAGAUAUUAAUUUAAAUAACUCCUACCUGAUGUCUAAAGUGAACACACUGGAAGACUGUGUGCAGCUGUUGGACGAAGAGCUUGCUCAGACCCGGAUGAGGUGUAAUGAGAUAAUGACGGAGCUGGAGCAAGAGCAGGAGGCUCACAGAAUCCUGGAGUCCCACUGCGAAGAGAUGAAGACAACUUUAAAAACGUGUGACGAGUUACUCAAGGUGUGCGAGGGAGAGGUGAAGGAUCACAGUAUCCUAAAGGUAUCUCUGGCAGAGGUUGAGAGGAAAUACAAGCAGGCAAUGGAGUCCAAUGCUCAUCUGGAGAAUGAGACCUUUGACCUGAUGUCCAAGAUGGGCAUACUGCAAAGCUCCAUGCAGGAAAUGACAAAUAAGUGUGCUGAGGCAACAAAGAAUUACGAGAAAACAAAACACAUUCUUGAGUACGUGUUGGCCACUGCCAAUGAGCGGGAGAAAACUUUAAAUCUGGAAAUAGACUUACUUCAGGCUUCUCUGGCUGAAGCUGAGAGGCAUUAUGAAUUUUUGGUAACGGACUACUAUGAGUCAGUUGACACACAGAAUAACUUGAGAGCUGAGCUGAGCACUCUGCACAGAAAAGUGGGUGAUCUGCAGGGAGCGCUCAGAACGGUAACAAGGGAGUGUGAGCAAUUGAGAAGCAUGAGGGACAAACUGAGUUUAAUGAGUACAACUAUACUAAAUGACCAUGAGUUAGAACUUCAAGCACACGGUACACUGAAGGAACAGCACGUUGAGUUACUAACGGAGCGUAAACGAGAGCAGGCCUGUCUGGCUGAAGCUGAGAGGAAAUACAAAGAAGUCAUGGAGUCCAAUGCUCAGUUGGAGAAAGAGAAGUCUGACCUGCAGUCCCAGGUGAACACGCUGCAAGGCUCAGUGCAGCAGCUGAAGGAAGAGCACUCUGAGACACGCACGAAGUGUGAUGAAAUGCCGGUCUCUCUGGCUGCAGCUGACAAGCUGCAGGAGGAAGCGAUGCAGUCCAAGGCUAAGAUGAAGAAUGAAAUAUUGGACCUGAAAUACCAUUUGCACACACUGCGAGACUCAGUGCGGGAGCUGGAGAUAAUGCUCUCUGAUGGAGAGAUGCACUGCGACGCUAUAAAGCAGGGAGGAGAGAAGAGAAAAGGAGACAGAACAAGAGCGGGAGGCUUACCGUAUCCUGAAGAUGCAAUACAAAAAGAUGAAGGAAACUAUUCAGAGGUUCAGAGAGCUACUAAUGAUCUAUCACACAAAGCUUGGAUUCGAGGAGCCUCAGGGUCAAAGAUAAGUCCCGGAAUGCAGGGCAAACUGUGUAGAGCCAUUCUGCAUGCUUCAUGCUGUCAGGGCUUGGACUCCACUCAGUAUACAAGUGGUUGUUUAUGCCUCCCAGAAUGCGUCAUGGUUGAAUACCUGUCCCUUCCUUUCGUUGCUAUGGACUACAGAGGUAUGUGUUUUUAGCUUUGACGCUUAGCUGUUUGAUGCUAGCACUGUCUACUUACCAUGCGAUUUACUUGUUUAGUGUAACGUUAAGCUACCGAGACUGUGCAGGUGUGGUGUGCCGUCAAGGCUCCCAUCUUUGUAGCAUGGUAGUUUAACGUAGCUCCGGUCGGAGCGCCAGCUGUUGCCGUCACAACUAUUAAAGAAGCUAUCAAGAUUUUCGUAUGUGCCAUCGUGAGUACUGUCAUCGGAUCACGGUAGGUAAAUUGUUUAGUUCUAUUACUCGAGCUAAAUGAGUUUGCAUGCUUUCCAAAUUGAGGUUGUAACACCCGUUUGUUCUUAGGGUCCUCGAUUUUGCAUGCAUUUAGGCGGGCUGAGUGAGAUGUGGUCAUUGCGGUAUAGCUCCUCCCCCUCACUCGUGGAGCCACGUUGCUGCUUGAUUCUGUUUGGUUUUGCUGCUUCAGUUUGUUUUGCUUUUACUUAUGUUUGUUACUGUCACUAAGAUCAGUUUUAUUGAACUCAACUGUUGUAACAGUCUUUAUCAAUUCUGCUGGUUUUGGUCAGUCUUGGUAAACUUGCUACCUGUAAUCAGUUUGAGCUCGGGGUUAUGUCUGUGUUUUUGUGACAGUAAGUUUGUCUUUGUUUUGUUUUAUUCUUUUGUUUGUCUGCUUUGAGCAUAUUGUAAUUGACUUUGUGUUUUUUUUGUUUUCUCCUUGUAGGAGCUGAGUGCUUCCUGAGGCUGGGGGGGUUCUUUGCUGCACCUUAGGCUUUACUUAAUUAAGGGUCGUUAUUACUGCUGUAUUUAUCUGCAGUGAAUUUUUGUGGGUAUGAUUCUGAUUAGUGGGGUUCUUUUCCCUUUUGUACAGCUGGUGCUAUCGUACUAGCCUGCCCUUCAGGAAGCCUCAGCUCUCCUAUGAUUAUUGUUAAUUUCUUCUUGUGACUGUUUUAUUUGACCAAUACCUGACUGUGUUGGUUGCUGUUUUUUUUUUUUAUAAUUCUUGGCCAGUCUUUUUAACUUCAAAAUAAAAUGUAUUUUUGUAUGGAAACCCAUGCCUCUUACCUGUUCUAAGUGGAACGUACUUGUGUGUCUUUAUUUGGGUUAUUUUCCCCGUUUUCUCGGGGUGGCAUAGUUGUUGCGAAACGAGCCACAUUGCUACAAGUACUACCCCACUCAGGAUUUUUUUCAAAAGCUUUUACAUGUCUUGA